AUGAGUGCAAGUUACAAUUUUAAAAUAUCUAUCGUGGAACAAUAUGUGAACGAGGAAAUUUCAGAUUUCAGCUCUUAUUAUUUCGAAGCUCAUAUCCAAACCAAGAGUCGAAAUGAACCUCGCAAUGAUGAUGGAGGCGUCGCAUAUGAUUAUUCAUUUCCAGAUAUUCCUGAGAUAUUUGUACAAGAUGGACGAGGUAGUGGUAAGACUAAAGAUGUUUGGUUAGAUUCUAAAGAUUACAACCAUGCCCAUUCAUAUGUCCUUUUGAAUUGUGGCUAUCUACAACGUUUUGAAAGGUUGUUUGAGGAAGACAUGAAAAAGACAUAUUCAUUUACUAAUACGCCUCAAUUACAUGAGUUAAAAGAAUUGCAUUUUACAUCAUGGUUGCAGAAGCAUAUUCAACUCGACACAAACCGGAGUGUUUAUCCAAUAUGGUUACAUGAAUUGGUACAAGGUCCGGCAACUAAAGUAACAACUUGGCCGAUGUUUUUUACUCGAGGGUACAACUUUCACACGUUUGAACACGGAAAAGAUCGAAAAACAUUCAACUAUGGUGUUUGUGUGAAAGGGGCAUCUUCCUGUGAUUCUAAUGAAGAACCUGAGUUUUACGGAAUCGUAACACAAAUAUUAGAGCUCUAUUAUCCGGGAAUUGUUGGUCUCCGAGUUGUUCUCUUUAGAUGCAAUUGGUAUGACUCAACAAUGGGUAAAGGUAUACGGAGAAACAAAUCGGGGAUAAUCGAUGUUAAUUGCGCUAGUCAAUACGGAAAGUACGAUCCUUUCAUUCUUUCUAGCCAAGCAGAUCAGGUAUGUUUUGUAUCAUAUCCUCGUCUUAGUAAAAAGAAGGGUGAUUGGUAUGCUGCAAUAAGGAUACCACCAAGAGGAAAGAUUAUAUCCAGUGAAGAGGAGGAUUUGAGUCCUUUGCAGUAUGAGAAUGAUUAUACGUUAGUUGAGGCUGAUCCAUUUAUAAUAGUUGAUGAUUUAGCUGAUCAGCUAGGCCAAUUUGUAACCCUCGAAAAUGUUGUUGAUGAAGAAUUAGAUUCAGAUUCAGGUGAUAAAUCUAAUGAUUCUGACACAACCGAAGACAAUUCAGACUGAUAUACUCUAGUUUUUGAAAGUUUUACUGAU